UUCUGGCAUACUUCAUAGCCUUGUCUUGUGCUUAGACUGUCUAAAAUAGCAACAGGAAUACAUGCAACCUAAGGCACAGCGGGGUUACCAGAAUAAUUGCUUCUUCGUUUACCGGGUUCUGAGUGUGGGAUAAUUUUAUAAAGUUGGAGAAAUGCUCAGUGUAAUGUACUUUCUUCGGAGUUUCUUCAAGACCCCACAGCCAAAUGAGGAUUCUAGCAAUAAACCAGAAUUUCAGGAUGACAUCUUUGGAGUACAGUGCCCAUCGGAACUAAGUUCAUUUAGUCAGGAACAAGACGAAGAUUAUUUUGAGGCUCGGUCGUACUUCAGUGAAAGUCCAUCUGAAUUAAAGAGUGAAGUUUUUGAAAGUGUUUCAGACUUUGAGUCCAUUUCUAGUGACACAACAGAUUGCACUUGUUUGGAAAAAGAGGACUUGACAAGUACACACACUGAAAAUAAGACCAAUAUACAUUCCUCUGACACAAGAGAAGGAGACUGUCCUUAUCAGGAUCAGGGAGAUAACUCUUCUUGUUUACACCUUACGCACUUCUUGAUAACACCUCAAUCAAAUUCAACAUCUGAAAUAGUAGCACUAGACUCUUCGGAGGCCGAACAGGAAUUCACUGUACUAAAACCAUUACCCAACUCCGAAGCAAGGAACAAAACUGCUGAUGAUGAAGUAACAGUCAAUGGAUUGCAAAGUAAAGUGAAAGUUUGUGAAGAGAGAAUAAUUUGCAGGCUUGGUUCAAAUUUACCAGGAAAAUUGAAGACUGCUAGGUUAAAAGAAACAGGUGCUGUAUCAAAAUCUGAUGACUGCCAAAUUUGUACACAGCCUGAGAUCCAAACUGUAAGACGUGGAACUGAAUCUCUACCUGAUAUUCUGGUCACAAUAAGUGACCAUGAAAGUGCAGUUUCAGAGAGCACGUCCUGCAGUAAUAUAGAUCCUACAAAUAAAGGGGAGAUAAGUAUAACAAACUCUCUUUCUAACGAGAAUCUCUUGGUGAACACACCUGAAGGGCAUAAAUAUGGAUGUUUAGCGACUCCAAACGCUGGUGCAAUAAAACAAGGAGAUACGUAUAGCUCAGCAAAUGGAGUAAUUGACCAUAUUUCACAGUCCAGUUGUGAGGAAAACACUUUAUUAGCAGCCAACAUAAACUCAAUCUAUAAAGCGAGCAUUUCUUUAGAUGCUGAAGGGGAAGAACUAAAAUCAUGUUGUAGCAUUACAUCAAAAUCAUAUAGAGAUACCCCCAGGGAAAAGGCACUGUUAAUUGUAGCUGAUUCUGUGAAAACAACAUACAGCAGAAAUUGCUCGGAACACAGACAAACAAAUUCCACCAAAGCCGAGCAUGAUAAGCCGAUACAAACAGACGUACAGUGUGACAUUAACAAUAUAGAGACACCUGCAGGAUUGGAAGUGUUACCCACACAAAAUCAUAGUGCAUCAGGCGAUUUAACCGUCAAGCCUCUUAUUAUAAUAUCCAUUGAACGUACUGAUGCUCAGGCUACACUGAAUAAGAUUGAAUGUUUUGACCCAACAGGAGAACAAAUAGCUACUGCCGGGGGACAAAGUAAUAACACCAGUAACUUCACCCAGGAAUGUUCCAGUGAGGUCUCCAAUGGAGAAUUAGCCAACAAUAUUACAGAUUGCAAGCAGGAGACAACCGCUCAGUACAACAAUACAGAAGAAGAUAUUUCUACUGAUGUACAUAUAGCUAUGAGAACGAUUCUUUCCACUUCAUUUGACAAUAGUCAAGAUAACAUGACUCUUCAGGCAAGCCCAGAAAUGCAAAGAACAAACAUCCAAGGCUCAUUAGACAGAACUUGUUCAUCAGAUAGUUAUGGAGAUGACAUAAAAUAUAAUAUAUUAUAUACAAAUAUUGUUUGUGAAAAAGUAACCACAGACUCAGAUAGUGGUUCAGAUGAAUACGACUUCCGUUUUACGGAAUUCCCAACUACUGAACUAGAUUUAGAUAGUGAUACCUUUGAAGAACAAAAUAUAAACAAUUCCGAGCCUCAAGAUAUCAAUAUUUAUGACAGUACGGAAACUAGUAUCGGAGAGUCACAGCUGAAAGGUCAUAAUGAUGGUAUAUUCAUGGCAUACUAUCAGGAAGAAAUGAAAACUGUGUGUGAUUCUUCCAACUCUAAAUACGUGGACAUUGUAGAGCCAGGAAUGACCAGUGAAAGUGAAUGUUCUAGGUUAGAUAGUACAAGCAAUCAAGAAAUUGAGGACAAAGAUGUAAAUUUGAAUAACUGUGAAUUUGACACGGCUGCUCAAAACAAAAUACCUGAAACAAGUGAUGAACCUUCAGCUGUUCCUUCCUUCUCUGAAAUACCAGUAGUAAACGUUACAUCAGUGGAAGGAGAUAAUAAAGAGGAAGAAAAUGAUAUGGUUAAUGAGGCAGAUGUUAAAAAUAAUGCACAGUGCAAGAGUUUACAACCUUGUAAAAUUGCUAUAAAAAGUGGUGGACGUUUAGCAAUUGUGUGCAAAGAUGAACAGGCUUCAGAUAUUUCUGAUGAUGAUUUGUUUGGUAACAGCUUUUUAUAUAACAGGAGUAUGAGAAAAGCAUCGGGACCAGGCAGAAUAGAUUUGGAUAAUUUUGCCAGAUUCAGAAACAGUGUUUCAAAUGUAAGUAUGCCUAACCCAACAGAAAUGUCACAGGAUGUCAAUUCAAACAAGCCACAAAUCGACACUCAGGACCAAAAAAUGACUAAGAAUGCAGAAAGCAAAAGAUUGAAAGAACGGUUGUCGUGGGCUCACAAAUCCUUUUCAAGUUUCUUCGAUUUUAAAAAUUUGGAGAAAGAAAAUGAAAAUCAGAGUUGUGACAAUCUUUCUAAAGAAGAAAAGAAAAAAGCUAGACCACAACAAGCAUCAUGGAGAGCUCUUCGGAAAUCCAAAGACAAAGAUUUAAUUAAAAGGCGAAGUAUGUUGAGUUUAUCAACAAACAUUAUAAACCCAAGCAAAUUAAAGAGACCAUCCAAGGAUAAGUUGGAACAUUCCAAUGGAAAUGUGUCACCAAUUCUAGAUACACCAACCAGUGUAUCUCCAGGAACGAAUACCAACUCAGAAUCGAGUGAGGACAACUCUUCAGAGUUAAAUUCAGAAAAUCACACACGUAAAGAAUUAGAUAUUCAUUGUUCAUCUAAGAUCGGUGCUAGUUUAGACUCCUUUUGUGAGGAAUCAGAUAUUUCAACUAUAAUUACAUCAAAUGAAACACAGUCAUCGUAUAAACAGCAGCCCAUGUUACCCCAUUCUCAAUCAUUUUCAAAUUAUGAUAUACAUUCCAUGCCUUGUCGCCCAAUGAGUCCGAAACCCCAGAGCCAAUGGCCCAGCUUUCAACGAAGAAGUUUACGCAAUUCCAGGAUGAGUGCCACCUCGAUGACUUCUUUGGGAAACUGUUCUACAAUAGAAGGUUGUCUAGAUUCACCAGACAUUUCAAUGAUAUUGAAACCUUGGUUGGUACAUUGUUUGGAUAAUGAGUCUCAGAAGGAUGAUAGUGGCAUCAGCAGCCAAUCACAAGCCAGCUUACACACUGCUUCCUCAACUAGUGACAUACUAAGAGAUGAUGAAAAUAGACAACAAAAUCAAACAACACCAACAAAGAUUCCAAGGGAGAAAAUUGCCCUGCUUCUCAAGAGGAAAUCCUCUGACUUAUUGGCUUCUGCUAACAAUUGCGGUGACAAUAAAAACUUGACAUUACCACUUAUGACUUCAAUUGGAAACCCGAAGGACUCAGAGCAAAAAACAGUGAAAACGUUGUUCAGGAGCUUCAGCUGUGAUGCCCUAUGGGUAAAUGAAAGGAGUCGAAAAUGGACACUAGAGAAAGCAGACAAGACAACACAAGCACAGAUCCUCAUGGCAAACCAGUUAACAGCUAGAAUAAGAAUGUCUGCUGCGCCUCCUGAGAUAUUUCGCAUGCUUCCCAUGAAGAUACACUCUUUCUCCCAGAGCACCCCAACACGGCUUGAUCUUGUUGGCUGCGUGAGACGUGUUACAUACCCAGUGAUCGCUGAUGGGACACUUGACAGACCCACCCUUAUUGAUGACCUGGGAAGUGAUGAAGAUUUCUAUGAGGACUUGCAUGUAUCUAGUCACCGGUAUGGCGGAGGCGGAGAACAGCUGGCAAUAAAUGAGCUGAUAAGUGAUGGAAAUGUGGUGUAUGCAGAAGCCCUAUGGGAUCAUGUCACUAUGGAUGACCAAGAACUGGGUUUCAAGGUCGGAAGUGUCAUCGAAGUGAUGGACGCCACCAAUAAAGAAUGGUGGUGGGGGAGGAUCCUUGACUGUGAGGGAUGGUUUCCUGCCAGUUUUGUGAGACUUCGUGUCAACCAGGAUGAACCAAUGGAAGAAUACAUCCCAAAAGCUGGAGAGAAGGAUAAGGACACCCGAAAUGCUACCAGACGCCAUGGCUGUGGACAAACAAACAAAGACCAAAUGAGGACCAAUGUUAUCAAUGAGAUCUUAAAUACAGAAAAGGAUUAUAUCAAACAUUUGAAGGAUAUAUGUGAGGGUUACAUAAAGCAAUGCCGCAAACGGGCCGACAUGUUCACAGAGGAUCAGCUGUGGACAAUAUUUGGGAACAUUGAGGAUAUCUACAAAUUUCAGAAAAAAUUCCUGAAAACUCUAGAGAAACGAAUCAACAAAGAUGCCCCACAUUUGAGUGAGAUCGGUGCUUGUUUUUUGGAAUAUAAAACAGACUUUCAGGUGUAUUCCGAAUACUGCAACAACCAUCCUAACGCCUGCACAGAACUCUCCAAGCUCUCAAAGGUCAAAAAGUACGGGUAUUUUUUUGAGACCUGCCGUCUCGUCCAGAAAAUGAUUGACAUCUCCUUGGAUGGAUUUUUAUUGACACCAGUACAGAAGAUCUGCAAAUAUCCACUCCAACUAGCUGAACUUCUGAAAUAUACGAAUCCCCAGCACAGGGACUUUGCAGAUGUCGAAGCAGCAUUGGAUGCUAUGAAAAAUGUUGCCAAACUGAUCAAUGAACGGAAGAGGAGGCUUGAAAAUAUUGACAAGAUAGCUCACUGGCAAAGCACUAUCGAAGGCUGGGAGGGUGAAGAUAUUCUUACAAGCAGUUCAGAACUCAUACACUCUGGAGAAUUGACCAAGAUUUCACAUCUUCAAUCAAAGGGUCAGCAACGGAUAUUUUUCCUUUUUGAUCAUCAAAUUAUCUACUGCAAAAAGGAUCUCCUUCGAAGAGAUAUUUUAUAUUACAAAGGCCAGAUUAACAUGGAUGACAUGGAUGUUAUUAACAUAGAGGACGGUAAAGAUAAAGACUUUAACAUCAGUGUGAAAAACGCAUUCAAACUGCAAAGCAAAGUCUCUGAUGAAGUGCAUCUCUUCCUUGCAAAAAAACCUGAGCAGAAACAGCGCUGGCUGCAGGCCUUUGAUGAAGAAAGGAAGCAGGUGCUUCUAGAUAAGGAAACAGGUUUUAGCAUUAGUGAAAUACAAAAGAAACAAGCAAUGGUCAACGCCAACAAGCCCCAUCCAGCAGGAAAGCCAAAAGCGGUUAAUAGGACCUACUAUGAUUUCUGGAUGAGACAGAAACACCCCACGUUGCCUGCCAACCUCCCACAGCAGCAAGUCUUCAUGCUUGCUGAGCCCAAACGCAAGCCAUCCAACUUCUGGCAGAACAUAAGCCGACUGACGCCGUUCCGAAAAUAAAGGACUGCUUUGUGUUUUGCCCUUGCAUCAUGUACAAAGAAAGCACUUUACCCACAGUUGAUGAAAUGCAGUGCCUGGAACCCCUGCUUUUUUUUUUUUCUUGCAGGGCGAGGCGCUGGCUGGUACAUUACUUGAUAUUUAUUUUUUAGGAAAGAGUUGGACGUUUUUAACAUACUUGUUGCUGCCUUUGCUGUAGUCAAGCGACCGAUCUGCAAAAAUGUCAUACGUAUUUUUGUUCUCCCUGAGGAAGGGUUUGGCCAAGCUGCUACACCUGCUCCCCAUCCGGCUCUUGUUAUAUUGCUAAACAACACUUGGCCUGUCUCUGAGGAUGAUGGGAAAUCUAGUCCAACAAAAUGCUGGACUUGCCAGGUUGCCAAGCCCUGCCCAAUUGUAAUGUACUGUAUUUUCUUUCCAGUUUGUUUACCAGUAGAGUAUUCUAUCAAUUCAUGUUGAAAACGACUUGCUGUAGCCAACACUGAGCAUGAUAAGAAAUGGUACAUCAGUUAACAUGAUACUAACAACUUAACAGACCCUGAGGAACAAGGCACGUUUUUUGCCAUCUCAAUGUGAUUAGUAAAUGUACUAACCCUUGACGUGAGCUCAGCUUUUAUUGUACACAGAUUUAUAUUAAGCUCGUUUACAGGCUUUGUGAGUCCCCUGGUACAAACAGAGGUCGGCAAUCAGUACCAGGUAUUCCAAAAAGAAAGCUUGCGACAAUGAGCCCCGAUAUGUUUAUGUGAUGAGUUUACGAAAACCUAUGAUUCACACCAGGGAUAGUCUGCUAUUACCAGCUUUCAUUGAAUUACAGCUUAUAUAGACCAGAAACAGACUGCCUUUAUAGCACGAAUAGAAAAGAAGAGUUUGUAGUUCUAUAAGAGCAGGUUAUCCAGAACACAUACCUGAUUUAUGCAGUACUAUCUGAAGACUGAUCGACUUUCACCAAAACUCUGUUUAAAACGUGUUGUGUCACUGACUGGAGUAUUUUCUUACAUUUUAUUUCCUUUCGAAAAACCUAUUGCGAACCAAUACCAUGAAAUGGUGCCAAUCAACAUCACACUCUUUUCUUAAAUUAGGCUUUGUUUCAUAAGUGUAUUUAAAAAGAAAAAAACACAAAAUAUAAAACAAUGUGCCUAAAGUAACUUUUUCUGCUGCUAAAGGUGCUCGUUGCACCCUACAGCUCCCAGUGAGAACUCGAUUUGAACUUUUUUGUACACAUUUUUAUUUUUAAUUUAAGUAGUGAAGGCUUUGAUGUUUGAUAUAUAUAUAUAUAUAUAUUUUAUUUUUUUUCUCAAAUCUUUCUGCCAUAUUUUCUACCCAUGAAAUCUUCUAUUUGUUUGUAUGUUUUAUUUAUGGUAAGAAACCUGCAUGAAUAGGCAACUUUUGACACGCUGCAUGCUGGGAGUUGUAGUCCACAGCAGUCGUCGUGCUAGGAGGUGCCUAUCCUUGAGUGAAAGUAAGUGUAUGUAACCACUCUCACUUAAUAUUAUUAAUAUAAUGCCUGUUCUGUUCUCUGAUGUUUUUUUUGUUUGUUUUGGAUCUAUUUGUUUGUUCUUCUGAAAUAAAAUUGCCUUACGGUAGUUCAGUUUCCAAGCCAUAA